AUGGGAUACCACACUGAAAGGCUUGUUUAUGUAGAAAAAUCCAGUAGGAAAGUUAAUUCUGAUUCUACACAUAUUUUAAUUCCUGUACAAAGAGCGAUCGUCAUGACGCAGAACACGUCGUCGAGUCACUGGAGGGAGCAGGGGAAUACUAUUUACGUGACGGCCAAGGAUAAUCUGUGUCCCUCCAUUAGGAAGGAGCGCCUCAGACAGGCAGCAAACUGUUACUACAAAGCCUAUAACUUCAGCAAUAAUGAGGAUGAGAAGGUUUCUGCUGCUAAGAACCUGGCUAUGGUGUCAUGGAAGAUGGCGCGGGUGGACGAGCAGUGUCUUGAGAGGUUCUCCCUGAUGAUCCACCAGUAUAAGGAGUCCUUCAAGUACUUCUCCUUCGGUUUCCAUCAUUCUGUUGGUGUGAAGCCGGACACCUGGCGUGACGGACUUUUGGCCUCGGCCAAGUCGUGUUGGGAGGAGUUACGGGCGGGGCGAGUCAGCGAGCUCACCAUGGAGAACCGGGCUCAUACUUACCAUGAUCUCGUCCAGCACAUGCAGAUACCUGAGAUCCAAGCCGAGUGCUACAUUGAGCUCACUAACUGUCAUUUUCACUGCGGAAUCACUGCUAUACAGAACAAGGAUUUUAAAAGAGGGCUGUAUGAGAUGAGAGACUGCUAUAUGCCAAUCAAUGAGGCCAAGAGGCUCCAGGGAGAUAAAGCUAACCUGCAGGCAGAGGUCCGAAUCCUAGAGGAAGAUGUCUUCAUGCACCAGUGCAUGGCUGAAUCCUUGCAGGCCAUUAGUGUUGGUGAUCAGUUGUAUGGGAGGCUGUUAUUGGAUCAGGAGGCCCUGAACAUGGAUAUGGUGUAUGAAGUGAUUGAUUGGUACAAACAGGCUGUUCUUCGCACGCGUGAGGUCACAGAGGUCGAGAUGGAGGCUGUGGCUCUCAGCCGUCUGGGAAGGGUGUAUGAUAAAGUCCUGAAAAUCAAGUACAAAGCCAAAGAAUAUUUGAUGAGAUCCAUGCAGUUAGCCCACUCCAUGCACCCACGCACCUUUAACUCAGAGGACUGGUUCAAGGACUGUGCAGAAAUUCUUGAGCGUUACCAGAAAGAGACCGUUUCAGCCGAGGAGGAAAAGUGGAACAAAGAACGAGAAGAGAUCAUAAAGGGCAUAGAGAAAGAAAUGAAGAACAUCGAGAAAGCAGACGAAAAAGACAGCCAGGAAUUCCUCCGAUACGUGUACAGAGUCUUCCCUCCAAAGAAUAAGGACCACAAGCUGGAGGGAAAUGUGAAGAAAAAAGGGUCCUACGUCGAUCAUUGUACCGUGAAGAAAACGCUGCAGAAGGCUAUCAUCCAUUAUCACCCCGACAAGGUGGACAUGGAGAAACACGGGAAAGUGUGGAAAGUUCUGUCUGAGGAAAUCACAAAGAGGCUGACGCGGAGAUACGAGGCCAUGAAGUAAAACAUUAAUAAGAACAUGUAGCCAUAAGGACAUGGAGUAAAUGUUAAUAUGGACGAAGAGAUACAAAGCCAUGAAGUAAAUAAUGAUGCAGAGAUACGCAUAUGAGGCCAUGAAGUAAAUAAGGAAAAGAAUAUGAAGACGUGGAGAUACAAGGCCAUUAAGUAAACAUUAUUAACUCCAUCAGCAGAGACCCGAAAGAAGGACAUGCAUAGAAAUUUAUAUUUUUUUUAGAAUACAAUCAUGAUUUUUUGAAAACAUGCAGUUUUGUUACUUUAUGUGAAAAAAAAUUGUUGUCAGAAUUCGUAUCCUGAAUGCUCUCCUACAAAAUCAGGUCUCGUGAAAUUAUUCUGUUAAAGAUUAGGCUCAGAGUUGAUAUCAAAGAAAAAAUGCUUUGCUGAAAAAAAGGAAAACCUUUUAUCAGAAUUAGUUUCAUUUUAAUUUAAGCCAGUUGAAGAAUAAUUACUUUUUCUGAUUAUGAAAAUUGAUUAAGUAUGAAUAUUGAAGAAUAUUUAUUGUAAGAAAUUGAUCAUUAAUUAUAAAUAUGUUAAACAUUACUUCUUGUAUUCCAUAGUCCAUUGAAGCAUAUCAGAGAUCCAUUUUAUGUAAUGUCGUUGUUUUCUCUGCAGUGAUGUGAAAGGGUCUUUUGUUUUCAUUUUUCUUCCAACAGUUGUCUUUAGUAGUAGAAGUAACUACCCUUAUUCACGUUAUUUAGCAUUAUUUUAGUAUCAUGCAUUUUUAAAAAAAAAAAGUUUUAUCUUAGUUGUAUUGCGUGUGUAGUUGAGUUAAAAUUGUCUAGUCAUUUAUUAGUCUUUCAUAAUUAUUUCAAUAAUUAGUGCUCGAGUAUUAUACUACAUGUAUUUAGUGCUUAUUAUAGUUCUUGCAUGCAUGAUCUACAGGGUAUUAUAAGGUAAAAAUCAGAUUAACAGUUUAACAGCUGAUGAGAAAGGUACAUGAUAUGCAAUUUCUCUUUGCAGAAUUCUUUACAUUUUACGUUUUCAAUUCUCUGGUUUAAGAAAAAAGUUUCAACCAUGUAUAUUUUUAUUCGAAGUGCUUUUUUUAAAAGAAAUUUUGAAGCAUGUGUUUCUUAAAGUUCAAUUUAUCUACUUUGUUUUAUUUUUUUAAGAUUUGGAUUUUAUUUCUUAUAUAAAAAUAAUUUAUUGAAGACAACAGUAAAAAAAUUAAUGAUUGUCAAAAACGGUAAACUCAUUUUGAAUUAAUAGCAAUAUCUUUAUUAUAUAAUAAUACCUGGAAUUGGCGUGGUUCAGGCAUUUCUUAUAAUUAUUAACCCAUAUCUUGGAAGAUUUUUAUUUGUAUUGGAAAUUAAGCCCUUGGCAAUGGGAAAUAAUUUGAGAAUAUAAACAAAGGGAGUACAUGUAGUUGGAUUUAUUAUCUUACCUAAAAUGAAUCUUAGCAACCAUACUGCUGUGUUCUGCCAAUUUUGAGGUGUGUACAAUUUUGUAUUUUUGGAAAAUAAACUGACGUAAAAAAUUCUAAAA